AGAAACAUAAUUCAUGAGGAAGAAGUUUAAAAGUAUUUAAAAAAGACAAUAUGAAAUGUCUCGCGUUUAUUUUUGUUGUGGCUAGCAGCCUGUUAUUCUGUCAAGGAGCACAAGGUGAUUGCGGGUGUAAUGAUUUGAUUCCAACAGGACCUCCAUUACCUUGCCAAUCCUCAUUACUUGAUAUACUUAAGACGCCGUGCGCACUUACGAAAAUCCCUGUGCCACAACUUCUCGAAAUAAUCAAUUUACUCGCAUGUAAUCCAAGUUUAUUAACUACUCUUCCUCCUCCCGUCGUCGUUGAGCUUCUUGCUUAUAUAGUUUCAAAUCCAGCUAUAUUAAACGCCAUUCCACCACAAGUCCUAAUAGCAAUAAUAAAUGCUAUAAGCGCAGUUCCAGGAUUAUUAGCCAUCAUUCCAGCCGAAGCUUUCCAAGCUCUCAUAAAUGCAAUUCUCAGUGCUAAAGGACUAGCAUCUCCAUUGCCAUCUCCCACACAAGAAGCAAAUGUUGUGCUUCCCGCUCCAAAACCUCCAGUAAUCGUGCCAGGCGAUGCCACCGGACCUAUUGUAGUUCAAUUACCAAAAGUGUCUAUAAAGAAAGCCCCAGUUGUCGUUCCUGCUGGUCCGUCUCCAAAUGUAGUGCUAAAACUUUCCCAAGCACCUGCUCCUCCUCCGUGUAUUUAUCCGACACCGAAACCUGGUCCAGUGAUUAUUAAUGAUAACGUUCACGAGAAAAAACCUACAAUUACGACAGCGCCAGCUCCAUCGCCGGCAAAUAUCAUUAUAAAACUACCUCCUCAACAGCCAAGCGGUCCACCAGUGAAAUUGCCACCAACUCCAUAUCCACAAAUACUGUACAACCCGGGAUACUAUUGUGCUAUUCCUGAUAUUGUUCUACAGACUCCACCACCUCCACCAAAAUUGUAUGCUUUGCCAUCCCCACCAUGUCCACAACCUAAUUAUCCCCUUCCUCCGCCAUGUCAACAACAACCCCCCGUACUUGCCCCUGUUCCCUGUGCUUGUUAAUAACACACAUAUAUGUAUAUUUAAUUAAAACAAUAUUUUAAUACAUCGGACGAAAUUUUUUAACCAUUUAAGUAAACAUUUGUUUUUAUUUUAUUAACUUAAAGUUUUUAUAAAAUCUAAACAAUUAAUAAAAUUAAUAAAAUUUGUUAAAAUAAUAUAAUUAAAAUCAAAAUA